CCUCGGCCCGGUCCGGGGACCCCGGCACAUUCCGUCCCCCUCCCAACAUCGCCUCCGAGACCUCCGGAAAGCCCUGCCGCGAACAGAAGUGGGGAGAAGCUGAGGAAGAAAAAAAAAAGCCUUAUUUAUUAUCAUUUUCCCCACUGUUGGCAUGGCAACACAGGCGUACGUUACUGAGCUACAGGCAGCCCCGCAACCAUCCCAGCCACCACAGGCCCCAUCACAGGCCCAGCCCCAGCCGCCACCACCACCACCAGUGGCGCCCCAGCCACCCACCGCCACUGCUGCCACCCCCCAGCCCCAGUAUGUCACCGAGCUACAGAGCCCCCAGCCCCAGGCACAGCCACCAGGCAGCCAGAAGCAGUAUGUGACGGAGCUCCCAGCUGCCCCCACGCCCUCGCAGCCGGCCGGGACAUCCACUCCAACCCCAGCAUCCCAGCAGUACAUCGUGGUCACCGUCUCUGAAGGCGCCAUGAGGGCCAGUGAGACCGUGUCAGAGGCCAGCCCAGGCUCCACGGCCAGCCAGACUGGAGUCCCCACUCAGGUGGUUCAGCAGGUGCAGGGCACCCAGCAGCGGCUGCUGGUCCAGACAAGCGUGCAGGCCAAGCCAGGCCAUGUUUCACCCCUCCAGCUCACCAACAUCCAAGUGCCCCAGCAGGCUCUCCCCACACAGCGUCUGGUGGUCCAGAGCCCAGCCCAGGGCAGCAAGGGCGGCCAGGUCUCCCUGACGGUCCAUAACACCCAGCAGGUGCACUCGCCUCCUGAGCGAUCACCAGCGCAGGCCAACAGCUCCUCCAGCAAGACGGCCAGCGCCCCCACGGGCACGGUGCCACAGCAGCUGCAGGUCCACGGUGUCCAGCCGAGUGUCCCUGCCACCCAAGAGAGGUCUGUGGUCCAGGCCACUCCGCAGACGCCCAAAGCAGGGCCCGUGCAGCAGCUGACUGUGCAGGGGCUUCAACCCGUCCAUGUGGCUCAAGAGGUGCAGCAGCUCCAGCAGGUGCCUGUCCCGCACGUGUACUCCAGCCAGGUGCAGUAUGUGGAGGGUGGCGACGCCAGCUACACGGCCAGUGCCAUCCGCUCCAGUACCUACCCUUACCCUGAAACGCCGCUGUACACGCAGACAGCCAGCACCAGCUACUAUGAGGCUGCCGGCACGGCUGCCCAAGUCAGCACACCUGCUACUUCCCAGGCGGUGCCUAGCAGUGGCUCCGUGCCCAUGUACGUGUCUGGCAGCCAGGUCGUUGCCAGCUCCACCAGCAGCGGGGGCAGCGGCAGCAACAGCAGCGGCGCUGGCAGCAGCGGUGGUGGUGGGGGAGGUGGCGGUGGCAGUGGUGGCAGUGGCAGCAGCAGCAGCGGAGCUGGCACCUACGUGAUCCAAGGCGGGUACAUGCUGGGCAGUGCCAGCCAGUCCUAUUCCCACACCACCCGUGCCUCACCAGCCACCGUCCAGUGGCUCCUGGACAACUAUGAGACCGCUGAGGGCGUGAGCCUGCCCCGGAGCACCCUCUACUGUCACUACCUGCUACACUGCCAGGAGCAGAAGCUGGAGCCCGUCAAUGCCGCCUCCUUUGGCAAGCUCAUCCGCUCGGUCUUCAUGGGCCUGCGCACACGACGCCUUGGCACCAGGGGCAACUCCAAAUACCAUUACUACGGCCUGCGCAUCAAGGCCAACUCACCCCUACUGCGCCUGAUGGAGGACCAGCAGCACAUGGCCAUGCGGGGCCAGCCCUUCUCACAAAAGCAGAGGCUCAAGCCCAUCCAGAAGAUGGAAGGCAUGACCAAUGGUGUGGCCGUAGGGCAGCAGCAGGCUGCCGGGCUGUCGGACAUCAGCGCCCAGGUCCAGCAGUACCAGCAGUUCCUGGAUGCCUCCCGGAGCCUCCCUGACUUUACGGAGCUGGACCUCCAGGGCAAAAUGCUGCCGGAAGGCGUCGGGCCCGGGGACAUCAAAGCCUUCCAGCUCCUGUACCGGGAACACUGUGAGGCCAUCGUUGACGUCAUGGUGAACCUGCAGUUCACCCUGGUGGAAACUCUGUGGAAAACUUUCUGGAGAUACAAUCUCAGCCAGCCCAGCGAGGCACCGCCGCUGGCCGUGCACGACGAGGCCGAGAAGCGGCUGCCCAAGGCCAGCCUGGUGCUCCUCUCCAAGUUCGAGCCCGUACUCCAGUGGACCAAGCACUGUGACAACGUGCUGUACCAGGGCCUGGUGGAGAUCCUCAUCCCCGAUGUGCUGCGGCCCAUUCCCAGUGCCUUGACCCAAGCAAUCCGGAACUUUGCCAAGAGCCUGGAGAGCUGGCUCACCCACGCCAUGGUGAACAUCCCUGAGGAGAUGCUGCGGGUGAAGGUGGCGGCUGCCGGCGCCUUCGCACAGACGCUGCGGCGCUACACGUCGCUCAACCACCUGGCGCAGGCGGCACGCGCAGUCCUGCAGAACACGGCGCAGAUUAACCAGAUGCUGAGCGACCUCAACCGCGUGGACUUCGCCAACGUGCAGGAGCAGGCCUCGUGGGUGUGCCGCUGCGAGGACCGCGUGGUGCAGCGGCUGGAGCAGGACUUCAAGGUGACGCUGCAGCAGCAGAACUCGCUGGAGCAGUGGGCCGCGUGGUUGGACGGCGUCGUGAGCCAGGUGCUCAAACCCUACCAGGGCAGCGCCGGCUUCCCCAAGGCCGCCAAACUCUUCCUUCUCAAGUGGUCCUUCUACAGCUCCAUGGUGAUCCGGGACUUGACCCUGCGCAGCGCCGCCAGCUUUGGCUCUUUCCAUCUCAUCCGGCUGCUCUACGACGAAUACAUGUACUACCUGAUCGAGCACCGCGUGGCCCAAGCCAAGGGCGAGACCCCCAUCGCCGUCAUGGGCGAGUUCGCUAACCUGGCCACCUCGCUGAACCCCCUGGACCCCGACAAAGACGAGGAGGAGGAAGAGGAGGACGAGAGCGAGGACGAGCUGCCGCAGGACAUCUCGCUGGCGGACGGCGGCGAGUCGCCCGCGCUGGGCGCCGAGGCCCUGGAGCCGCCUGCCAAGCUGGCGCGGCCUGACGCGCGCGGCCUCUUCGUGCAGGCGCUGCCCUCCAGCUAA